CAGUCUCAAGAAAGUGCAAGAACGGACAUCAAUCCAAAAGAAGCGCUCAAAUCAAAAAGCAUCAUGGCGAGCGUCGAGACAUAUAAACUUGGCGAUUGGAAACUGCAGUCUGGACAAGAAAUUCCCGAUGCUCACAUUGCUUAUAAGACUUUUGGAGACCCAGCGUCUCCAGCCAUUAUCUACCCUACUUGGUUUUCUGGAUCCAUUGCGGACAAUGAGUGGCUAGUUGGAGAGGAACAUACUCUGAGCCCAAAGAAAUACUUUAUUAUCAUCACAGCUUUAUUUGGGAAUGGUCAAUCGACCUCCCCUUCAAACUCCAAUAUUAAACCUUUCCCUAAAGUCACAUUCUAUGACAAUGUGAGGGCUCAACAUACCCUGGUAACCAAGCAUCUGGGUAUCAAACACGCUCGAGCUGUCACUGGGUGGUCUAUGGGGGCAGGACAGGCGUAUCAGUGGGCCACCCAGUACUCCGAAUUUAUGGAUAUUUCUAUUCCAUUCUGCGGCUCAGCAAAGACUUCUCUGCACAACCAAGUUUUCCUUGAAGGUGUGAAAUCUGCACUACUUGCUGCUCGAAAAAACACGUCGGCAGGCUCAUGCGAAGAUGGGGUACUCUCAGCUGGAGAGGAAUAUCGAACCUGGACUGCAGAGGAAAAGGAAGUGGGCCUGAUGGCAUUUGGCAGAGUUUAUGCAGGAUGGGGGUUCAGCCAGGCAUUCUAUAGAGAGAAGCUUUAUGAAAGUGCUCUUGGGUUCAAGGACCUUGAAGACUUCAUGAAGAAUUUCUGGGAGAGUUGGGCACUUUCCAAGGAUCCUGAGAACCUGUUAGUAAUGCUCUACACAUGGCAGUCUGGCGAUGUUUCAAAUCAGGAGCCAUACAAUGGUGACUUCAAGGCUGCUAUGCAAGGGAUUAAAGCAAAGAUGCUGGUACUCCCUGGCAAGACAGACUUGUACUUCCCACCCGAGGAUUCAGAAAUAGAAGUUGCAAACAUGAAAGAGGGAGUAGGAAGAAUGAUUCCGUUCCCAAGCGUGUGGGGUCACUGGGCGGGCGGUCCGGGCGAUAGUAAGGAUGAUUGUAGAUGGUUGAAUGAGAAGCUGAAAGAGGUUGGACUUUGA